AUGCCUAACGAUAAAAAACCGCAUAGGUCUUUCAAAGACAUUUUUAGAAGUUCGUCUCCUCUGAACUCGCUGAAAGUCCCGUCGCCAGGAAACAUUCCGCAGUCGGAUUCGGCUCAGUCUCAUCGAUUUUUUUUGAGGGGUCGGGACUCUAAGGGCUCAUAUCUGUCUCAAUCCAGUACGAACUCUAUAAAGUCACUGAAUGUUAAUUUAUCCAGCGGCGACUCCACGCCUGACAAAUCACGGGGUCACGAGAAGAAGAAGAAAUCAUUUCUGGAAAGCCAUCUCCGAUUGAAACGCUUUUUCAAGAUUCUCCACUCUAGGGACCACGUUGACCUCCCCAAAACCAAAUCGUCGUGCGAGCUACCAUCUCUGACGUCGAGGCUUGCUGAAAAAUAUGACAUAGGUCGUCUCAUUGGAACAGGUGCAAGUGGCUCAGUUAACUUGAUAAAUGAUCGGCAUGAUUUCAGCAAGACUUAUGCGCUCAAAAAAUUCAGAACAAAGCUCAGAAGUGAAAAUGAACAAGAUUAUCUAAGAAAGGUUCGGAAUGAGUUUCUAGUUGGUAAACAUUUAUCGCACCAGAACUUGAUUCAUACAAUUGAGUUGUUCCAAGAAAAUUCGGACUCUUCGACAUCAUCCGAGUAUUACAUUGUGAUGGAAUAUUGCCCAUACGACUUUUUCAACUUAGUCAUGUCUGGCUUGAUGAAAUAUGACGAGAUCUGCUGCUACUUCAAACAAAUAGUCAAUGGUGUACAGCACUUACACCACUCGGGAAUAGCUCACCGCGACUUGAAAUUAGACAACUGCGUGGUGGAUAAAAAUGGAAUUCUCAAGCUCAUUGACUUUGGCUCAGCAAGUCAAUUCAAAAAGUCAAUUGAAGAAACUCCUGCGUCUCCCAAUGACAUCAUGCUUGAUUCCACGCACAAGCUUAUAUUGGUCAAAGGAAUAGUUGGAAGUGACCCCUAUUUGUCCCCUGAAAUCUUCUUGUCUACAUCAGAAGUAGGUUAUGAUGCAAGGCUAGCUGAUGUCUGGUCAAUAGCCAUUAUCUUUUGCUGCAUGGUUCUCAAGAGAUUCCCCUGGAAACUUCCACGGGCUGCGGAUCCUUCCUACAGGGCAUUUGCUGGUGUGAAUAACAUGAAUGAACCCUUGAGUGAGCAAGAUAUGUUGCUGUCGAAGACCGAGGAGCUCAAUGUCAAUAAGGAGGCGAUUCCAAGAUAUGGGCCCGAAAGACUUCUUCGUAUUCUCCCUCCUCACUCACGGAACCUCAUUGCUUCCAUGCUUAAAAUUGAUACAAAAGAAAGAGCAUUCAUAGAAGAUGUCGCUAACGACAAAUUUUUUCGUUCCAUUGACUUUUGCCACCUUGUCGAAGAGACCAAGAUACCUGCAGAAAUCGAAAUUGAUGCAGAACCGAAGAAAGAUGCACUUGUCGCCGAAACUGAUCUCGAUCCUGCCGAGCCAAGUGCGCGUGAGCCUCUAUCUACGGAAACCUUGGUUGGGGCCAAAUCUGACGAACAGAGUCUUUCUGUCAGUCAAAUUGUCAAGGCACAAAACCACAAGCACCACUUGGUGACAGAGAAAGAUCUUCAAAAAAUCAAUUCCGAGAAAGAUAGACUCAAGCGUGCCAAAGAAGCGGGCAUUGCUUAG